CACAGUGGAGAGCGAAGACCUCUGAGCCGAAAGUGACGAACCAAUGAAAACCCACAGAGGAAACGCAACAACAACAACAACAACAGCAACAAUGAAACCAAAAGCAAACUACUUUUCCUCUGUUUUGAGCUAGGGUUCGCUGUUUGCUGAUUUCAAAUUCCCAUUCCAUUUCUUUUGUUUCCUUCGCUUCCAAAAACAAAAAACCAUCACAUGCUUCACAAUAUCUCCCACUAGCUCCACCCAAAAAAAAGAAAAAGAAAAAGACUCUAGUGGCUUUGAUUUGAGCUAUGUUUUUUUGUUUCUUUCCGUGAAAGCUUGGGAAAAAUGUUUCAGCGGCAGCAGAGGAAUCUUCGGGGACCAUGAAGAUUAGUGAAGCUCUGUCGUCUUGGCUGGUUGCAACGUAAAAGGGUGAGAUCGGCAGGGAGGAUUUGGGUUCAGAGCAAGAUUGGAUCUUCUGGGUAAACCUCUAUUUCGGGCAUGGUUUUUUGAGAGAUUCCGAGUCGGUGAUUGGGACUCCUUUGGAGGAUUGGCUGAGUUGGAUCGGGCACUCGGUCGAGUUGCUGGAUAGGUAAAAAGAGCCUAGCUUCAAAUCACGGGGAAACAUCUGGUGCGAAACGUUUCGUGCUGUUUUUUUGUGUUUGGUGUUUUGGGCAACAGUGAAUUCAUUAGGUUUAAGCUCUGAUCUCGAAAGAUUUAUGUUUUCUUGUGCUUGGAGAUGUCUCUUACUGAGAAAACAAGUAUAACUACGUUCUAGUUAAGGAUAUUGGUGUCCCUUUGUCGGUUUAUCUCUAUCCUUGCAUUUCUCAAUCUCAGUAUUCUACUCAAAUAUUUAAAAUUCGAACACCCAGACGCAGAUUUGGAAAAUGCACAACUUUGCUUAAGGCUUCCACUUGUGUCUCUGUUUGUUGCUCUGAAGCUCUAGGAAGUGCUGAAACUGUCAUUAAGGAAGAGAAGCUACUUGGGUUCUGUUUUAGCUUUCUUUGGGUACUCGAAUUCUGCGGUUAAGUUUCAUUUUGUGGCUAAGUUUGUUGUGUCGAAGCUCUACAGUGCUUGAGAUUGUCAAUAAGAACGUGAAACUUGUUGGGUUUUGUUUAUUUUUAUUUUUUUGCGGGAUACUUGAAUUGGAGGUGUAAGAUUUUAAUUCGUGGCUGCUUUUGGUGCAUUGAAGCUCUGAAAAGUGGUUGGGAUUGUGCUUAGGGAAGAGAAGCUGGUUGGGUUUGGUUUAGUUUUUCGUGGGAAGUUGAAUUUGAGGUGAUUGGAGAUGUCAAUGUCCUGCAAGGAUGGUAAACCAGGGUUGGACAACGGCAAGUAUGUCCGGUACACACCUGAGCAGGUUGAAGCCCUCGAGAGGCUCUAUCACGAGUGCCCCAAGCCGAGUUCGAUUCGGCGCCAGCAACUUAUUCGUGAGUGUCCAAUUCUCUCCAACAUCGAGCCAAAGCAGAUCAAGGUCUGGUUCCAGAACAGAAGAUGCAGAGAAAAGCAGAGGAAAGAGGCUUCACGGCUUCAAGCUGUGAAUAGGAAGCUGACGGCCAUGAACAAACUUCUAAUGGAGGAGAACGAUAGGUUGCAGAAGCAAGUCUCACAGCUGGUGUAUGAGAAUGGUUACUUCCGCCAACAUACCCAGAAUACAACGCUUGCAAGCAAGGACACAAGUUGUGAAUCGGUGGUGACGAGUGGUCAACACCAUUUGACACCUCAGCAUCCGCCGAGGGAUGCUAGUCCUGCAGGGCUUUUGUCCAUUGCAGAAGAGACUUUAGCAGAGUUUCUUUCAAAGGCCACUGGAACUGCCGUGGAGUGGGUCCAAAUGCCUGGAAUGAAGCCUGGUCCGGAUUCCAUUGGAAUCGUUGCUAUAUCUCAUGGUUGCACUGGAGUGGCAGCACGAGCUUGCGGCCUAGUGGGUCUUGAACCUACAAGGGUUGCAGAAAUCCUCAAGGAUCGGCCUUCGUGGUUCCGCGAUUGUCGAGCUGUGGAUGUUCUAAAUGUGCUGCCCACUGCAAACGGUGGAACCAUCGAGCUGCUUUACAUGCAGCUCUAUGCACCGACUACAUUGGCGCCUGCUCGUGACUUUUGGUUGCUGCGCUAUACUUCUGUUUUAGAAGAUGGAAGCCUUGUGGUCUGUGAGAGGUCACUUAAAAAUACUCAAAAUGGUCCAAGCAUGCCGCCUGUGCAGCAUUUUGUGAGAGCAGAAAUGCUGCCUAGUGGGUAUCUCAUACGACCUUGCGAGGGAGGUGGUUCAAUCAUACACAUCGUUGAUCAUAUGGAUUUGGAGCCAUGGAGCGUACCAGAAGUAUUACGCCCAUUGUAUGAAUCAUCAACUAUGGUCGCUCAAAAGACAACUAUGGCGGCUCUACGCCAGCUGAGGCAGAUAGCUCAUGAGGUUUCUCAGUCUAACGUGACAGGCUGGGGCAGACGGCCUGCUGCUCUUAGAGCUCUUAGCCAGAGGCUGAGCAGGGGUUUUAAUGAGGCACUUAAUGGGUUCACCGAUGAGGGGUGGUCAAUGAUGGGAAAUGAUGGCAUGGAUGAUGUUACUAUUCUUGUGAACUCAUCUCCUGACAAGCUGAUGGGUUUAAAUCUUCCCUUUGCUAAUGGAUUUCCAGCUGUCAGCAAUGCUGUCUUAUGUGCUAAAGCAUCAAUGCUAUUACAGAAUGUCCCUCCUGCAAUCCUUCUUCGGUUCCUGCGAGAGCACAGAUCAGAAUGGGCAGACAAUAAUAUUGAUGCUUAUUCAGCUGCAGCUGUUAAAAUUGGCCCCUGUAGCUUACCGGGGUCACGAGUUGGAAGUUUUGGGGGUCAAGUUAUACUUCCACUCGCUCACACUAUGGAGCAUGAAGAGUUCUUGGAAGUCAUUAAGUUGGAAGGUGUGGGCCAUGCUCCUGAAGACGCAAUAAUGCCUAGAGAAAUGUUUCUAUUGCAACUAUGUAGUGGAAUGGAUGAGAAUGCUGUUGGGACAUGUGCUGAGCUUAUUUUCGCUCCAAUUGAUGCUUCUUUCGCUGAUGAUGCACCUCUUCUGCCUUCUGGUUUUCGCAUCAUUCCUCUUGAUUCUGGGAAGGAAGCCUCUAGUCCAAACCGCACCCUGGACCUUGCUUCUGCUCUUGAGAUUGGGCCAGCUGGCAAUAAAGCCUCUAAUGAUUAUCCUGCUAAUUCUGGCUGUGUGAGAUCAGUGAUGACAAUAGCAUUUGAAUUUGCAUUCGAGAGCCACAUGCAAGAACAUGUAGCAUCCAUGGCUCGGCAAUAUGUCCGCAGCAUUAUAUCAUCAGUUCAGAGGGUGGCAUUAGCACUCUCUCCUUCUCAUUUGAGUUCACAUGCUGGUCUUCGGCCACCGUUAGGUACUCCUGAAGCUCAGACCCUUGCUCGUUGGAUCUGUCAGAGUUACAGGUGCUACAUGGGAGUGGAGCUACUCAAAUCUGGCAAUGAAGGGAGUGAAUCCAUUCUCAAAACCCUGUGGCAUCACUCAGAUGCAAUAAUGUGCUGCUCUUUGAAGUUUUUGCAGGCAUUGCCAGUUUUCACGUUUGCAAACCAGGCAGGGCUUGACAUGCUUGAGACCACCUUGGUUGCUCUCCAGGACAUAACCCUGGAGAAGAUAUUCGAUGAUCAUGGCCGAAAAACACUCUGCUCAGAGUUCCCACAGAUAAUGCAACAGGGCUUUGCUUGUCUCCAGGGCGGUAUCUGUCUCUCAAGCAUGGGUCGACCAGUCUCAUAUGAGAGAGCAGUGGCUUGGAAGGUGCUGAAUGAAGAAGAGAAUGCUCAUUGCAUCUGCUUUAUGUUUGUGAACUGGUCGUUUGUAUGAAAUCAGCACAUCUGAUUGAGAUCAGAUGAAUUAUAGAACUCCAAAACCUUUGUUUGCUUGUUAGACUUUCUGCUAAAAAACCCUUGUUACGUAUUAAGACUGCCUAUGUGUUACCCUACUUUGUUGUACCCUGAAACUGAUACAUGUUUCCUGCUAUGUUAUGCUUUAAUCGGUAAGUUGAUGUUAACAACGCA